AACCCAAAUGAUUUGCUUUUCGUCCAAGCAAAUUUUGGUCAGGAGAGGAAGACUCAGAGGGCUUGGCCGACUUAAAAGCUUCUUUUUCUUCUCCUUAUCGCCGAAUAUAAUGAGUCUUCUCAGCCUCAGAAACAGUUUCUUCUUCCUCAUCGCCGGCUUAGGGUUUUCUUCUCUAUAAAGCUCGUCACCUUCUCUAAUUGUAGCUUUUUGCAGAAAACCCUUGCCGCCGCCUCAGCGAUCGAUCUGAACAUUUCCUCAGAGGAACUUUCUUGCCGACGGCUGUAGUAAAGUCGGUGGCGUUUCUUCUCUGAUUGUGUUUAUUUCUAUGACAAAGAAGAUGAACACACUUGUAUCUACCCGUCAGAAUCUAACUGUUACCGUUGGUGCUCUUUAAUGCUGUCGGCAAGGCACUAUCUUUAGGACUGAUAGCGAGUUAGAGUUACAGUUGACUUUUUCUUUCAAGGUUAUAGGUUUAGCAUUGUUAAUAGCUAGAAAUGGACACCAAGAUCGUCAAGGUGUUGGAUAGUAGGCGCGAAGAUGGUUUCGGUAAAAAGAGGAAACGCGCAGCAAGCUAUGCUGCAUAUGUUACUGGAGUUUCGUACGCAAAGCUGCAAGAUGUUCCUCCACCGAACCCGCAGAGCCAAGGUCCCGACAAAAGAAGGAAAUUGGAAGGUGCUUACGAGAAUCUAUCUGGGAAGUCGCUGGUCAGAUACUACUCUUAUUUUAAGAAGACCGGAAUUGCAAAGCGUGUUAUGAUCUACGAGAAGGGUGUCUGGAAUGAUUUGCCUGAUCAUGUUAUCUGUACCAUCCGAGAUGAGCUAAACGAAAAGAGGGCUGCAAUUGAGUUCGAGUGGUGUGGUCACCAUUUUCUUUUGGAUUUCUUGCACAUGCAUAGGCUAGAUUUGGAAACAGGGGCAAAAACUCCGCUUGCAUGGAUCGACAUUGGAGGCAAAUGUUUUUUCCCUGAAAUUUACGAGAGUGACGAAAGGAAUGAUUGCUGCAAUCACAAGUGCGUGGAAUAUUCAAAACAAUAUGUCCCGCAUGAUAUCAAGUUGCGCCUUGAGAUUGAUGUUAAUGCUGGGGAGCCGAGGUUGAAUUUGGAGGAGUGCAGUGAUGAAUCUGGUGACAGUAUGGAUGAUGAUCCAGCCGAGGAUAGCUGCAGCCGCAGGAUUGAACCUGCUGUUUCGAAAUGGGAUGAGACUGAUGCUAUAGCAGUCAAGCCUGCUGGAGCCGAAGGACUUGAUAAAGAUGCAGUUAAAAAGAUGUUUGCAGUGGGUACAGCUUCUCUGGGGCAUGUAGCGGUGCUGGAUGUGGGUCGUUUCUCCAGUGAGAUUGCUGAUGCUCGUCUAGAGCUUUUCCAGAAGCAGGUUGAGAUCACUAAGAAACAUCGAGGGGAUGCAAACGUUAGAUACGCAUGGCUACCUGCAAAGAGGGAAGUUCUAUCUGGGAUUAUGAUGCAGGGACUUGGAGUUGGGGGAGCAUUUAUUAGAAAGUCUAUCUAUGGUGUUGGGAUACAUUUAACUGCUGCAGACUGCCCUUACUUCAGUGCGAGGUACUGUGAUAUUGACGAAAAUGGAGUACGGUACAUGGUUUUGUGCCGUGUAAUAAUGGGGAACAUGGAGCUUCUUCGUGGUGAUAAAGCACAGUUUUUCUCUGGUGGAGAAGAGUAUGACAAUGGAGUUGAUGAUGUCGAGAAUCCGAAAAAUUACAUUGUCUGGAACAUCAAUAUGAAUACCCAUAUAUUCCCUGAAUUUGUUGUUAGGUUCAAGCUGUCUGUUCCCCACAAUGCUGAAGGUAAUAUGGUUGCUAGGCAUGAUAACUCGGGUGUCACUUUGGAAGGACCCAAGGAUCUUCCUCCUCCGCAGGUAGACUCAAACGGGCCUGAGAGAGGUUCAGGGAGCGCAAACAGUGUGGGUUCGAGCACUACGAAACCCAAAUCUCCUUGGAUGCCGUUUCCUACUCUGUUUGCAGCAAUCUCACCUAAGAUUGCAGAGAAGGACAUGUGUUUGAUCAAUGCUGACUACCAACAACUGAGGGAAAAGAAGAUGACCCGAGGAGAGUUUGUGAGGAAGCUGCGGGGGAUAGUAGGAGAUGAUCUGCUUAGGUCCACAAUAACAGCUCUUCAAAACCAGCCAAAGUUGAAGAAGGAGAUUCCUGGAAGCCACGAGGAAGGUGCAGGUGGGUUUGUAAAGUAAAGUGGGAAUGUGAUAAUGACGACGAAUAUCAAAAGGAAGCUGCUUUAUAUCUAUCUACCCUGCCCUUGUGGUUCUCCUUUUGACUUUUAUAAUAUAAAAUCUUUUGAGUAUAUUAGUAGACUUUUGGGUCUGGGGGUAAGAGUUGAAUGUGCCGACUAUUCUGUCGUGUCGUGUAAAAAUCCUUGUUAAAAGUCUGUUGAUGACGUUGGGUCUUUUGCUUUUAUUAGCUGCAAAACAUUGUUGAACCUUGAAGAAAACGUGGUCGUUGAGUCUAUUGUGAAACUUUUACUACUUUUAUUUGUCAUAUCUAUUUGAGAUUGUUUCUCACGA